AUGGUUGCAUGCUGGCCUGAACCGAUUGUUUCCGUUCAAGCCUUGUCCCAAACCGGCAUGCCCACCGUUCCAAACCGGUAUGUGAAACCGCCUCAUCAGAGACCCCUCAUUAACUCCGACCAAACCGAAGCUGACGUGGAAAUCCCCGUGGUAGACAUGAGCGACGUGUGCGGGAAACAGGAGGGGCUGAGGCGCGUCAGGAAAGCGUGUGAGGAGUGGGGUUUCUUUCAAGUGGUGAACCACGGUGUGAGCCACGGACUAAUGGAGAGAAUGAGAGGAGCGUGGCGAGAAUUCUUCGAGCUACCAUUGGAGGAGAAACGAAAAUACGCAAAUUCACCGGACACGUAUGAAGGAUAUGGAAGCCGACUUGGGGUUGUGAAAGAUGCUAAAUUAGAUUGGAGUGAUUAUUUCUUCCUCAAUUACUUGCCUUCUUCCAUAAGAAACCCUUCCAAGUGGCCAUCUCAGCCUCCUAAGAUCAGAGAAUUGAUCGAAGAGUACGGACAAGAAGUGAAAAAAUUGUGUGAAAGGCUCGUGGAGACAUUGUCAGAGAGUUUAGGUUUAGAACCAAACUAUCUCAUGAAGGCCUUAGGUGGAGAAAACAAAGUUGGGGCUGGUCUAAGAGCAAACUUCUACCCAAAAUGCCCUCAGCCACAUCUCACUUUAGGUCUCUCUUCCCAUUCUGACCCCGGUGGCAUCACCAUUCUCCUCCCGGACGAGAAGGUCGCUGGCCUCCAGGUCCGUCGUGGCGAUCGCUGGAUCACCGUCAAAUCCAUCCCCAAUGCUUUCAUUGUUAACAUUGGCGAUCAGAUUCAGAUACUUAGCAAUGGAAUAUACAAAAGCGUGGAGCAUCAGGUGAUCGUUAAUUCCGGUAAGGAGCGAGUCUCUUUGGCAUUCUUCUACAACCCGGGAAGUGAUAUCCCGAUUGGACCAGUCGAAGAACUAGUAUCCGAAAACCAACCUGCCCUUUAUAAACCGAUCAGGUUCGACAAGUACCGUCUUCUGAUUAGGGAAAAGGGACCUAGUGGAAAAAAUCAAGUCGACUCACUGUUAGCAAGGAGAUGA